GUCCCAAACGCAUCCUUAAGAAUCACGAAAAGAUCAACCCUACCUGCCGAGAGUGGAGCUUACCUGUCGCCUCUCGGUCAUUUCUCAGGUAUGCCCGUCAACUCGCUGCGACCGGCAUCAUAAACCCAGCUGAUUCCUAAACGUAAUCAGCUGCAUGGUGCAUCUUCUACACAGUUAAGCCACACUCUCUGCUCCAAUAUCUUCCUGCUGCCGAAAGGAAAACCAAUUCUUCAACCUAAGCCCAUACCUGUUCAGCUCUUCUAACAGCUAACACCACCGAAGCCUGUUUUGUAGUAUCUGGGCGUAUCCAUCCGUGUCUGGCACUGUGGCGCAUCUCCCAUUGUACCACGCAAUUUCUUUCAAGGUAGAAUAUGCAAAUCAAACUCUCUUUUCUUUGCAAAGACUGGAAAUGCCACAUGUAUUGCCCUUCCGUUAGCAUCGUCUAAAGCUCUACAAUAUGAAAUCAGAUUCGUUAGAUUGGGUAGAGGAAGCCGAAGAUCCUUCAUUCUUCCCACUAAAAAGAAAAAGGAGUUUUAAAUCCAAAAGAUUAGAAUUCAUAGGAUGGGGAUCCAGGCCUUUGAUUGAAUUUCUCCAAUCAAUUGGCAGGGAAACCAAUAGAGAGUACUCCAGGCAUGAGGUCAAUGCCGUAGUCAUUGACUAUGUACGCUCCAACAACCUUGUGAAUCCACAAAAGAAGAAGAGGAUCGUAUGUGAUGAAAGACUUCGGACGCUUUUUGGGAAGAAAUCGAUAUCCAGGAUAAAAGUUUAUGAUUUGUUGGAAACACACUUCGUUGAGAAUCAAGAUGAGUCUGAGGAAGAAAACAGUUCAUCAGAGGAUGUGGAUGGAGAGACUGGUUCUUUGAUUAUAUCAAAGGAAAGAAAAAUAUCAGCGCAACAAAAGAAGAUCCAGGAGGCCCCUAAAAGUAGUUUUGCCGCCCUUACUUCUGAAAAUAUUAAGCUUGUCUAUUUGAAGAGGAGCUUAGUUCAGGCUCUUUUGAAAACCCAGGAGAACUUUGAUAAUAAGGUAGUGGGAAGCUUUGUGAGGAUCAAAUCUGAUCCUUACGAUUUCUUCCAAAAAAAUUCUCACCAGCUUCAGCAAGUUACAGGUGUAAAGAAGACGUUUCAGUCUGUAGAUACUGGCACGGAAACUUACCUUCAGCUCUCAAGUUGGUUGAGAGAUGUUUCCAUAUCUUCACUGUCAGAUGACGAUUUCACUGAGGAAGAAUGUGAGGAUUUGAGUGAAAGAGUAAAAGGUGGUUUGCUUAAAAGACCUACAGUUGUGGAUUUUGAGUUAAAGGCCCAUAUUCUGCAUGAGGACAUCACGCGACAUUGGAUUGCUAGAGAAAUUACACUGUUACAAAGGCGAAUUGACCAUGCCAAUGAAAAGGGAUGGCGGAGAGAAUUGCACGAGUACUUGCAGAAAAGACAGCUACUCAUGACUAAAACUGAGCAAGACAGAUUAUUGUCAGAGAAGCCGAAAAUAUUAGCUGAAGAAUUAGAACCCAAAGCUACACCACCAGGUGCUUCAGAAAAAACUGAAGAAAAAAGUUGCUCUCCUAAACCUGAGCAGACUAGACUUUCUAGUGAGAAUGUAGAAACAAAUGCGGAGGAACCUGAAAAGCAGAUAAUGUCAUUUGAUGAUCCAGAAGCAGGAGGAGCUAGGUGCUUCAUGGGAUCAAAUCUCAGGGAGGCUUCUGAUCUAUCUGCUCCUGACCCCAUAAGGGAACCUGCAGUCAUUGAAUUGAGCGAUGAUGAAGAUGGUGUUGCUCCAGAGUGUAAUGGGCUGCUGCCAGUUGUUACACGCCUACACCCUAAUGAUGAGAUAUGGAAUUAUUUGGAUCCACAAGGAGUAGUUCAGGGUCCCUUUCCGCUAGUCUCGUUAUCUCGUUGGUACAAGUCUUCAUACUUUCACCCUAACUUUCGCAUCUGGAAGACCUGUGAAAGCCACCAGCAAUCGGUUCUACUGGUUGACGUGCUUCGGGAAUAUUCAAUGAUUUAGUGUUUCGUACUACUUCAGAGCCCUAUAAAAUUAGGUAAUAUCUCCAUCCACUGGAUUCAUAGGAUAUAUACAUUUAUAUUACUUGAUGAAAAGUUUUGUUAUUUUCAACCUUCAAACAGCCUAACAUAUUCAUCUUGGAUAUGAUGUAAACAACAUUGAAAUCUUAUUUUCUUUUUGUUAUUGUUAAUGCCAUAGCACUCGCAGCAUUGGGGUGGUUGAUGACCAUUCUAGGUAGG